GAGAGAGAGAGAGAGAGGGGAGAGAGUGACACAGACAGAUAUAGAGAGUGGAGUGAAGAUUUUAAUCCUCUUGGCAUAUGAGUGUGUCCCUGGCCGCUUGGAAUGUAUUGCAGCUAACCCAGGGGCCAGGACGGAAGGAACACCUCUCACCAUGCUGGGGAAGGAUUACAUGCUCGCCAUCAUCAUAGUCAAUUAUGACGACAACAUCUGGGACGACCCGAGCCUUGAUCUGGACUCUGACCUGCCGUCAGGGUGGCGCACCAUCCGGGACAGCACCGGCACCUACUACUGGCACGUGGCCACUGGCACCACCCAAUGGCAGCACCCGUCCUACAGCGCCGAGGAGGACCAGAACUCCAUCAAUGGCAUCGCUGCCACGGACAUCAAGAGCCUGGAGGCUGGGGGCAGACGUGGAUCAAGGGCAAGGCUGACAGAGAGUCCAGUGGCCUCCAUAAAUGACAGGGUCUCCUGGCAGGACGAUUAUUUCUGCACCAACAUGGAUCCUGACUCCAAGUGUUUUGCGGUGCGCUCCCUGGGCUGGGUGGAGAUUCCAGAGGAGGAGCUGACCCCGGGGAAGAGCAGUCUGGCUGUCAAUAACUGCAUCCAGCAGCUGUCCUGCAGCAAGGCAGAGGGCCACGAUGACACACUGGGCGCCUGGGGAGAGGGCCAGGACAUGAUGAUGGUUCUGAAGAAGGAUACCCUCAGCCUGAUGGACCCAGUGGACCGCAGCCUUCUCCAUUGCCAGCCUAUCAUUAACAUCCGCGUGUGGGGCGUGGGCUGCAACAACGGCAGAAACAGAGACUUUGCCUUCGUUGCCAGUGACAAAGACACCUGUAUGCUGAAGUGCCAUGUGUUUCGCUGUAACGCCCCAGCAAAAACCAUCGCCACGGCUUUGCAUGAAAUGUGCUCAAAGAUCAUGGCAGAGAAGACCACUAGAAGCCCAUUUAUGGCCCGCUCCCUCACCAUGGAGAGCAUCUCCCCUGAGGACCUGCCACGCCAAGUGGACUUCCUGGAUGCAAUGAGGCAGAGGGUGCAGAAGUUUGAGGUGCAGUACAUUGGAAACCUGCCCGUCUCCAGGGCGAUGGGUAUGGAGGUGCUGAACCGGGCCAUAGAGAGCAUCAUGAACACCUCAGACAGUGACGAUUGGGAGCCCAUCGUCAUCCACAUCUCUGACACUGUCCUGUCACUCUGGAAAGGAGAGGAUGGAGAUGAUCCAUUUUGGGAAUGUCAAGUGCGUUUGCUGACCUUUCUGGGUGUGGGCCAUGAUACACACACCUUUGCAGUGAUAGUGGACGGCGGAACGCAGCGAUUUGAGUGUCAUGUUUUCUGGUGUGAGCCAGACGCAGGGAUCAUCUCUGAGGCUGUGCAGGCUGCGUGCAUGGUCCAGUACCAGAAGUGCUUGGUGGCCCAGACUCCACCACCCAGGUCCAAAAUGUGGCGGGCGGGUUCCAAGGUGAAGCGCGCCAACUCCAUGGAUGGCUUCACUUUCCCAGCUCCCCGUCACCAAGGACUGUCCCCGCCCAAGGCUGGCUCCUCCACCACCAAAAAGGGCAUGCUGGCGUUUUUUGAGACUUUCAGAAAUAAACAGUCAGCAGUUUCCACACCAUAACAACCAGAGA